CUACCGGAAGAACAAACCGAACCAGAAAGCGAAAGUGAGAGCGAUGAACCCGAGGCCGAAAGCAAAGUUUCCGAAACGGAAACGGAGGCAGAACAGGAGACCAAACCUCCCUAUGCACUACGAAGCCGAGGACCAGUACCCGACCCACCUUGGGAUGCUGAAGCUCAAUAUAUCUGCAGAAGAUUACAGUUAAAAGAUAUUAUAGCAACAGGGUUUCAACGUUUAACAAAAUAUCCUUUAUUAUUAGAGAAUGUUGCAAAAUACACUCCAGCAAAUGCAGUGGAAUAUACCAACUUACUUUAUGCUGUUGACUGUAGUAAAAGAAUAUUAGCUCAUGUUAAUCAGGCUGUAAAAGAAGCAGAUAAUCAACAUCAUUUAAAUGAAUUACAACGUAAAUUAGAUAAGAGUGCCUUUGAUAAGGUUGACAAUAAAAUUACACAGCUUUAUAAGAAUUUAGAUUUGACGAAACAUCAAUUAUUAUAUGAUGGCCAUUUGACGUGGAGAUUGAAUAAACAAAAAACUGUGGAAAUGCAUGUUGUUUUGUUUGAAGAUAUUUUAGUUCUAUUGCAAAAGCAAGAUGAAAAAUACAUUCUUAAGUUCCAUAAUACAAACUUGAUGACUGGUAGAGAAGAUACAAAAUUGACUCGCAGUCCUAUUUUAAGGGUCCAGAAUUUAUUUACUCGAAAUGUAGCUACAGAUAAAAGUGCAUUUUUCCUUGUAUCUGCUUCAGACCAACAUGCAAUAUAUGAAUUUGUAGCUGCAUCACCAUCAGAGAAAAAAUUGUGGUUACGUUAUAUUACUGAGGCAACUGAAGCAUACAAAAGCAUAAGUAAUCAGACAAAACAUCAACAGCCAUCCCCAUUGUAUCCAGACAGGAUACCUCCUUCAGAAGGAAGUAUUGAAGAACCAACAGAAAUUAAAGAUCAAGAAAAAGAUACGAAUACAAGGGAAGAUAAUCACUCUGAAAAAUAUGAUGGUAUUGAAGCCAAUGAUCUUUCUGAACUACCUGAAUUUUCUUCAUCAGAAUCAUCUUUACCUCUUCCAUCUUCAACUUCCAUUUCUACAGAUUAUGAUACUCCUCAGAAAGAAUCUGUUCCACCAGCAGAAGAUUCAAAAGUUGUCAAAAAUGAAAAUUCAGUAAUUCAGGGACAUAUAGUACAAAUAGUAGACAGUCCUCGUUUGAUUGAACCUUCUGAAGUAGUAAUCACAGAAAGUGCUCUACUAGAAGUUGCAGAACCAGUUUUGACACCAAUGGAACAACUUAGGCGUAAAGAUCAAGAAAUAGCCAAUGCUCUUACAGAGAAGCAAGAACUAGUUGCAGAUAUUUUACAAAUACCUAAAGGAGAGUUUGAACAUUUUGCAGAGAUGGCAAAUGAUUUGGAUGGUGAUAAAGAUGCCAAAGAAUUGAUAUUAGCAGCUAUUUACCAAGCAAAUAAGUUAACUGCAUUAGUAAAUGAUACAUUUAUGUGUUCUGAAGAUUCUGUAAGUUCAUCUAAAACAGAAUUGGUGUCAUCAAAUGAAUCUUCAGAAACUACUGCAUCAUCAUCACCUCAAGCAGAAGAGAGAAUUUCUUUUCCAAAGCUAGCCUCUCCUGAAAAAUUAAAGAAUAUCUCUUGUACAAUAGAUAGGCAGUUGACAAAAUUAUUGGGAAUUGUAACAGAACAAGAAGAAGAAAGGAAACAAAUGAGAAAAGAACUUCGUUGUAUGCAAGAACAAAUUCAUUUACUUCAUGAGGCUCAUCGCCGAUGUAGUACGCGAUCUCAAUCUCCAAGUAAUCCCAGCAUAUAUUCUCGUCCAAGUAGUUUUAUCUCUAUAGCAUCAUCGACAUCAGAAGGCCAAUGUGAGCUAUUAGAACCAAUGCAAAAUUUAGUAUUACAAGAAACAGUUGCAAGUAAAGAAGAAGAAGAGAAACAAGACAUAUCAACAGAAGAUAGAGAAACAUUAGAUCAUGAAGAAAUGUUUGUUGAUGCUCCAUCUGGUGAAUGUCCCAUUUUAAUACAAACCUGUAAAGUUACUGAUCUUGAUAAUGAAGCAGAAACUGAUGAAAAUAAAUCAGUGAAUAAAACUUCUUCACAUGAUAAUGAUGAUCAAUCUUCUUUACCAUUAAAUGAUGCAAAUGGUAAAUCUGAUGGAAAGAACAAUAUUGCAUACUUUUAAUAAUAAUUUUUCUGGGAACAGAAAAUUCCCAAUUUUAGUUAUAUUCCCAUGAUAGUCAGAUUAAUUGUGCAUUAUUUGCACAAAAGACUCUAGUAUGUUAUUGUUACAUUGAAGCAGCAUCAGAAUUCUUCAAAGGAACAAGUGUUUUGACCUUACCAUCAUUGGUAUAUCUUGCAAGGAUUCCAAAAUUGCAAAUGGUUAACUGGCCAGUCAGAUAUAUGUAAAAUAUGAUUUUUGUGAUUUUUUUAAUGUUUUGUAUAAGCCAAUUUUAUGUAGCAUGUAAAUAAUAAUAAACUGUGAUUUGAUAUUUAACACAAGACAAAUUAUACAUAGAUAAUCUGUCUUGUGGGCUGUCCAUUAUAUUAUAUCUUGUAUUAUAGUUAAUCUCAAAGAAAAAUGUGGUUAUUACCACAAAAUUUGAUCAUGUUUAUACAACAGGCACAAAUAUAAAAGAGAAGCCUGCAAGAGUUAACAGCAAAUGUAAAUCAUGUAAAAUGAAAAAUACUUUCUUAAUACCAUAAUGUACUACGUACAUUUAUUUUCAGUUUAUCUUUCUGUUUUCCUCUUGCAUUUAUGUAGAUAUUCACUGGCCUUUUAUCAAAAAAAAAA